AUGGGGUAUGGAGGUGAUCAGGACGCUGGUAUGGGGUAUGGUGGUGAUCAGGACGCUGGUAUGGGGUAUGGAGGUGAUCAGGACGCUGGUAUGGGGUAUGGCGGUGAUCAGGGUGUUGGUAUGGGGUAUGGUGGUGAUCAGGACGCUGGUAUGGGGUAUGGGUAUGGCGGUGAUCAGGAUGCUGGUAUGGGGUAUGGUGGUGAUCAGGAUGCUGGUAUGGGGUAUGGGGGUGAUCAGGACUCUGGUAUGGGGUAUGGAGGUGAUCAGGACGCUGGUAUGGGUAUGGUGGUGAUCAGGACGCUGGUAUGGGGUAUGGCGGUGAUCAGGACGCUGGUAUGGGGUAUGGGGGUGAUCAGGACGCUGGUAUGGGGGUAUGGCGGUGAUCAGGACGCUGGUAUGGGGUAUGGUGGUGAUCAGGAUGCUGGUAUGGGGUACGGUGGUGAUCAGGAUGCUGGUAUGGGGUAUGGCGGUGAUCAGGACUCUGGUAUGGGGUAUGGGGGUGAUCAGGAUGCUGGUAUGGGGUAUGGCGGUGAUCAGGACGCUGGUAUGGGGUAUGGUGGUGAUCAGGACGCUGGUAUGGGGUAUGGCGGUGAU